GGACUCAGGCACACUGAGUCGAUAGAUUGACUUGACUUGGCCGCUACUGAUAAUUUAAUCGCAAUGCGAUUGUACCUUUUAUUUGGAUCACUGCUGUUGCUUCUGGGCAGCGGCUGCUGCUCGCAGAAGCCACAGAAUGUGCUGCUGCUGCUGGCCGAUGAUGCUGGCUUCGAGAUGGGCGCCUAUCUCAACAAGUACUGCCAGACGCCCAAUUUAGAUGCGUUGGCACGCAACGGGCUGCUGUUCAACAACGCCUUCACCUCAGUGAGCAGCUGCAGUCCGAGUCGGGCUCAGCUGCUGACUGGCCAGGCCAGCCAUGCCAGUGGAAUGUACGGUCUGCAUCAGGGUGUGCAUAACUUCAAUGUGCUGCCCGAGGUGAGUUCGCUGCCGAAUGUGUUGCGGGAACAGAGCAACGGUCGCAUCUUCAGCGGCAUCAUUGGUAAGAAACAUGUUGGGGGCGCCUCCAAUUUCCGCUUUGACUUUGAGCAGACGGAGGAGCAGCAUUCCAUCAAUCAGAUUGGUCGCAACAUCACCAGAAUCAAGGACUACGCCCGCGAUUUUCUGGCACAGGCCAAGCGAGAGGCGAGACCCUUUUUUUUGAUGGUGGGCUUCCACGAUCCGCAUCGUUGUGGACACAUUACACCGCAGUAUGGUGAGUUCUGCGAGCGCUGGGGCAGCGGAGAGGAGGGCAUGGGUACAAUACCGGACUGGAGGCCCAUAUACUACGACUGGCGCAAUCUGGAAGUGCCCGCCUGGCUGCCAGACACCGAUGUGGUUAGGCAAGAGCUGGCCGCCCAAUAUAUGACCAUCUCGCGAUUGGAUCAGGGUGUUGGUUUAAUAUUGCGCGAAUUACAGGCAGCAGGUCUAGCCGCGGAUACGCUUAUUGUCUACACCUCAGACAAUGGGCCGCCUUUCCCCGGCGGACGCACAAAUCUUUACGAACAUGGCAUUCGUUCGCCGCUGAUCGUCAGCUCGCCACAGCCAGAGGCCCGUCGUCAUGAGACGAGCGCCGCUAUGACCAGCUUGCUGGACAUAUAUCCCAGCGUACUGGAUGCAUUCCAGCUGCACGCGCCGAAUGGAACUCGCUUCAGCGGUCAAUCCUUGCUCCCCAUUCUGCAGAAGGAGCCGGAGCCACAGGAGAGCGACGCAAUUUUCGGCAGUCAGAGCUAUCAUGAGGUGACAAUGGCCUAUCCGAUGCGUAUGGUGCGCAAUAGACGCUAUAAGCUCAUCCACAAUCUCAACUAUUGGGCAGAUUUUCCCAUUGAUCAGGAUUUCUACACAUCGCCCACCUUCCAACAGAUACUCAAUGCCACCAUCAAUAGACAGCCAUUCCCCUGGUAUCGCACCCUCAAACAGUAUUACGAGCGGCCGGAGUGGGAACUGUAUGACAUCAAGGCGGAUGCACUGGAACAGCUCAAUCUGGUCGACAAGCCAAAGUAUAGUGCCACAUUGAAACAGUUGCGCCAAAAGCUCUUCAAGUGGCAGGUGGAUACCGAGGAUCCCUGGCGUUGUGCCCCGCACGCUGUCCUUCAGGCCCAGGGUGUUUUCAAGAAGGAUCCCGUCUGCCUGACCCUGGGACACGAGGCGCUCCAAAGGCCGAAACGUAGGCUGCUCACCCAUUACGAGCAGUAUGUGCUUGUCUAAGUAUCUUUAAUGGCUUUGGCUUGCGCCCUUAUCUUGAGUAUUCUCCAAGUGUUCCAAGUGCACACAUGAAUUAUUGUAUUCUGCCUGAUCACAAUAGUUGUUAAAAUAAACUCUAGGUGUUGAUAAGCCAGCGCCACAUUCUUAAA